AUGUCGGAGGAAUACCAUCAACUUUACCGCGGUACAACCAUUGGAAGUACUCUUCAGGAAUCUUUAGAUGAGAUGCUGGACCAUAAUCUUAUUAAAAAUCCUCUAGCCAUGAAGGUUAUGAAAAAGUUCGAUCAGUGUAUAUGUAAUGCUCUGUCAACACAAAUAAAAAAUCGACUAAAUCUUCAAGGGUAUCUUAAUGCCUACCGUAAUUGCGAUAACGUCUGGACCUUGGUUCUUAACAAUGUUGAAAUUAAGGACGGCUCCUCUACAACCCAUGUGGACAAAAUGAAAAUUGUGGCCUGUGAAGGCAAGAAAUCGAAGAAUUCAGAGUCUCAAGGAUCUCAAAAGCAGAACCCAAGCCGACCGGGACAGCAUUUAUCAGGACCACAGGGCGAUGGCGAUCUUGACGAAGAUUAA